AAUUGGUCCAUGCGUGCAGGUUGCUGGCCAAUCACAUUCUCAGUUGGAAGACAGGGACGCGCUCCCCGGCAGCUCUGAGAGAUCGGAGGCAGCGGGUUAUUAGGAAGGAUGCAGAGUUCUGUUCGGAGGCGACACCAGGCGGCCCCGGGGUUCGCAGGCAGGUUCAGCUCUGCUCAGCCGGAUGAUGGCUCCAGGACUUCUCGCUUCCACCUGGACCUCUGGUUUUAUUUUACUGUGCAAAAUUGGCUUCUGGAUUUUGGACGGCCCAUUGUAAUGAUUAUCCUGCCACUCGACUGGUUUCCACUUAAUAAACCCAGCGCAGGAGACUACUUCCACAUGGCUUAUAAUAUAAUAACGCCUCUUCUGCUCCUGAAGCUUAUAGAAAGGUCUCCGAAAACUCUUCCAAACUCUGUGAUCUACGUGAGCAUCAUAACAUUUGUUAUGGGAGCGAGUAUCCACCUGGUGGGAGACUCAGUCAACCACAGGCUAAUAUUUAGUGGCUAUCAACUCCAUUUAUCUGUCCGGGAUAAUCCAAUCAUGCAGAACCUAACACCGCCAACCCUGGUUGACUCCUUUGAGUUAUUGUAUUACUACGAUGAAUAUCUGGGACAUUCCAUGUGGUAUAUUCCAUUUUUCCUCAUCUUGUUCAUCUAUUUCACUGGCUGUUUCACCAAAAUAAGAGCGGAGAGCAGGAUGCCGCUGUCGGCCUGGGCUUUGCUUGCUCCAAGCAGUCUCUAUUACUGGUACCUUGUGACUGAAGGGCAGAUCUUCAUUAUCUUUAUUUUUACAUUUUUUGCAAUGUUGGCGAUUAUUAUGCAUCAGAGGCGCAAGGGGCUGCACUUGGACAGCAAUGGCCUCUUCCUUCUCUUCUCCUUCUCUGCCACUCUCAUCUUUAUCGCUGCCUGGAUCGUCUGGCUCUGGAAUGACCAGAUUCUGCGCAAGAAGUACCCAGGGGUGAUCUAUAUCCCGGAGCCCUGGGCCUUCUACACCCUGCAUGUCAAUAACUUGCACUAAAGUUGGUAGCCCUUUGGGGCUGGGGAAUGGAGCUGACUGGAGCUAUCACUUUGGGGGACAGUUAAGCAGCAACAGGACACUCCACAUUUUAUUUACUCAUGUGUCCUCAAUGCCUCUGCUACAGAGUGGCAUUUAUUUUAUGUAUAGUUGACUUCUAUUUUAUUAUAUACCCAUAUAUAAUUGUUUUGUCCUGUUUCUCCUUUAUGGACUUUAGCAAUAGGCUAAUCUAAUACAGCAAAUCCAAGUCCAUAAUUUUAGGCCUCCUUAUGUGUAAUGAGCAGAAUUCUUGCUCCCUUUGUAAAAGGUUUGUGCAUUGUUGAUAACUGAGACAUAAUAUAAAAAAUGUAUGGAGACAGUGGAAGGAGCUGGGGAAUGGAGCUCACUGGGAGCUAACACUUGGGACUUGUACAAGGGCAAGCGAUUGUAACAACUACACAUGCUGUAUAUGCUUCCAGUAUUUUAGAUUACAGGGUGUGGGACGGUAUUACAAACAAUUCCAAUGGCAACUUUUAGUUUUGCUCCAAACAGUCAGUUUCCCCCAGCUUUAACCUAGCUGUACAGAGUAUUUUCAGUAGUAAUGGAACAUCUACUGUUUCUGAUUGAGUGUGGAAUCAAUGUGUGAUGUUUACUAAAACAGUUCUGGGGAAGAAGUGAUUAAUUAAUGGAAUCCCUGUCACUGCUGUGUUUCCUUACUUUUAUUCUAAAACCAGCAGUUGUAAUUAUAGUCUUCUGGGCCUGUGUAAAAACUUGCACCAGGACUUCUAUUUUGCACAGGGCCCCCCUACCACUUAGGCUGCUUUGUGCUGCAAUGCUGCAGGCCUCCUGGGGCCAUGGCUGGCUUCACACCCCAACGCCACAGGCCCCCCUUCAGGCCCUGAUACAGCUGCACCCCCUGAUAGUUAUUCCAUUAGAGAAUUAUAUCCUGCUUCAUGGCUAAGAUUUCUGUCACUGCUAUCAUGGAUCUGAAAUCCACUUUGGGGAUUCCUUGGAGAUCAAUUAUAGUGUAAAGUACCACUUUGCCAUUGCUGUUAGACCCAUUACUGCUUAAUGUUUAAUAAGUCUUAGAGAUAAACUCUUUUGAAAUAUAAAUAUUUUAUAAAAACUGGGUCUCCUAAAUGUGUAGAACUUUACUCCUGCUCGGUCCCCAUACACGGGCCGAUAGUAGCUGCCGAUAUAUUUGUGGAACUGAAAAUGAAGGCUAGGCUGGUGGCCAUGAGAAUUCAUUGUUCUUUCCUGGGCUGCCUACCAAACAUUGGAAGGAGCCAAUCAGCUAUGCCCAAGGGUGUGGUUUUCCUGAUAAUUCAUUCUCUCUCUUGCAAUAAGAAACAUCAGUCCAUGUAUAGUUAUACUAAGGCACUGGAAAUUGUACAAAUUCUCUUUUAAAUGUUUUUUUUCAUAUAAAAGCUAUUUGACUUUUA